AUGCGAAACCCGUUCGAGUUGGACUAUGAGAGCGUCGAUGGAGACUCGGAGGUCCAGGAUUUCGAGGCCGAACAACAUGUGCAUCAGCACCAGGAGGAGAAGCAGCAGCAACAACUGAAUCUGGAUUAUCGUCCAAAGCAGAGAUACGAUGGAGAACGCUCUUUGCUUCAGGACGAGGAACAUCCCGAGGGGGACUUGAAGAAUCGGUUCAUCGGCACCAUUGAUCAGGGUACGACGAGUACACGGUUCAUCAUCUUCGACUGCACAGGCGUUCCUAUCGCCAAAUACCAGACGGAAUUCCGUCAGAUUCACGAACACCCAGGAUGGCACGAACAAGACCCGUAUGAAUUGGUCGAAUCCGUCUAUGUCUGUAUUGAAGAAGCCAUGAAAUCGUUCCUUGCCCUCGGCCACUCCACAUCCGACAUUGAAGCCAUUGGCAUCACCAGUCAAAGAGAAACGGCAUUGGUCUGGGACUGGGAGACCGGUGAACCCUUGCAUAACGCCAUCACUUGGACCGACACCCGGACCGUCAACCUGGUACGUGAAUUGAAGGCAAGGCCCGGUGCUGACGAACUCGUCAACAUUUGCGGUCUACCUCUCUCCACAUACCCCUCGUCUGUCACGCUACGAUGGAUGCUCGACCAUCUCCCAGAUGUCAGGUCGGCGUACGACGACGGUCGGGCUGCAUUUGGAACCGUCGACAGCUGGCUGAUCUACAAUCUCAACGGUGGCCCUCAAAACAAGCGUCUCGUUACAGAUGUGACCAACGCCUCGCGGACAAUGUUCAUGAACCUCGAAACCCUCCAGUACGAUGAUCGGCUCUUGAAGUUCUUCGACAUUGACCGGACCAAGCUUCGUUUGCCUGAGAUUCUUCCCUCGGCUGAUCCCGAGGGCUUCGGUCGUGUGGCUGAAGGGCCACUGGAGGGUGUCCCCAUUACCAGCUGCCUAGGUGACCAGGCUUCAGCUCUAGUCGGCCACUGUGCCUUCACCCCGGGAUCAGCUAAGAACACAUAUGGUACUGGAUGCUUCCUUCUCUAUAAUGUCGGUGACAAGCCUGUUAUUUCGAAACACGGUUUGUUGGGUACCGUGGGCUUCCAGCUAGGGCGGGAUCGCAAACCUGUCUACGCAUUGGAAGGCAGUGUGGCCGUGGCGGGCAGUGGUGUCUCUUUCCUAAUGAACAACCUCGGCUUUUUCCGCGACUCGCGCAAAGUCAGCGAUUUGGCUGCUAGUGUGCCGGAUAACGGAGGUUGUAUUUUCGUUACUGCAUUCAGUGGUCUCUUUGCUCCUUACUGGAUUGAUGAUGCCCAGGGAACAAUUUGGGGAAUUACUGCCCACACACAAAAAGGGCACAUCGCCCGUGCAACUAUGGAGGCGGCCUGCUUCCAAACGAAAGCGAUUCUCGACGCCAUGGCAAUGGACAGUGGCAAGAGUUUGACAGAACUGGCUGUUGAUGGUGGCAUGAGUAACUCGGAUGUUUGCAUGCAGACCCAAGCUGAUAUUAUUCAAAUCCCGGUCGAGCGGCCCUCAAUGCACGAAACCACUGCCCUCGGUGCCGCAAUUGCCGCCGGCUUUGCCAUUGGCAUUUGGAAGGAAUUCUCCGAACUCAAGCAUAUGAACCGCGCCAACCGAGCCUCUUUCACCCCCACGAUGUCCGUGAAGGCCAGCGGCCGCAUGUAUAAAAAGUGGUCCAAAGCCGUGGAAAUGUCCCGCGGCUGGAUGGACGAGGAGGACAGGAAUGAAGGCCAGGAUGACGUCGAAUAA